AUGACGCUCAGCAAAGAACUCCCCCGAAUAGUCCAGCAUGCAAAUCGCAUCAUUCCCAAACGGCUGAUUCUGUCAUAUAUCACCGACUGGGUGUUUAUCGCCCGAACAAACCCCACCCACACGCCCUUCUCCCUAACAGACGCAUCCAUCUCCUACCCGCACGCCAAACACGAGACCGUAUCCACAAGCGUCAUGGUAGUAGUAUCGCUCAUCGCGCCAGGCGUCCUCAUCGCCCUCCUCUCCCUUCUCCUAAUACCCGGCUCAUCCGCAGUUCCGCUAGCGACAACAAGCGCAGCACGCUGGCCGUACAAAAUCUGGGAAUGGCACGCGGGAUGGCUGGGUCUAGGGCUCGCGGUUGCAGGCGUGUUCAUGGCUACGGAGGGGUUGAAGGACCUGUAUGGCCGGCCCAGGCCGGAUCUGCUCGCGCGCUGUGAUCCGGAUUUGGAGAAGAUUGGGACGAAGGUUGCCUUUGCUGGAUUGUCGUACUUCUCCCUGUGGCUGUGCGCCAAAUUCUCCGUCGUGUUCCCUUAUUUCGCCCAUUCGCCCUUCAGCCAGGAUUUACACAGUCGAAAGCGUGAAACGCUUCGGGAGCAAGGCGCUGCGCCGCCCAUCUAUAUGGUCAUUGUUGCCUUUGUGCCCUGGGCUGUCGCAUGGUUCAUAUCGGCCUCGCGCUGGUUCGACCAUCGACACCACGCGUUCGACAUCAUCUUCGGAUCGGUGAUGGGGAUGGUCUUUGCCUGGGUCGCGUUCCGCCUUUACCAUAUUCCCAUCAUGCGGGGGGCCGGCUGGGCGUGGGGUCCUCGGAAUCGCUCGCACGCUUUAUAUAAGGGAGUGGGGCUCCCAAGUCAAGUUGGCACUGAGAACUGGGCCUAUGCACCGGAUGUGUCGACGGCGGAGAGUGAUGACCGUAGUGCGGAUCUUGAAAGCGGGCGACGGGAUCUAGCGGAAUGA